CCUACCCUUCAUCCCUUCCUCAGUGAUUCAGUCUCUCGGUAAAUUAAUUCACUUCCCACACCCCACAGCCCAAAGUUUCUCCUUUUCCCUCUCCCUCUCCCUCUCAUCCCUUUAUUUCAUCUCCAUGGCUUCUUCUGUAUCCACCACACCCACUCUGUACUUCGAUGAGAAGUGGAAGCUCUCCAAGAAAGAAGGAUCCACCAGAAGCAGGUCCUCCACUACCCCAUUCAUCAAGAAUUCCUCCCAGAGAAGGUGUGCCUUUGCCAGCAAGUGUGCCAGGCUCGUGAAGGAGCAAAGGGCGCGCUUCUACAUCAUGAGGCGGUGUGUCACAAUGCUCAUAUGCUGGCGUGACUACAGCGAUUCGUGA